CGAAAAGGCGUUCAAUCGUAAACCCAUGUGUCUAAAUUUGCGUUGGUGGAGGCUUCCAAAGGUGGAUUUCUGCUUGGCGCAGAAAGAAGCUUAUUUCCUUACCGGAUUAGGAAAUGGGUACGAGAUAUACGAAGGUCGGGUUUGGAUAUCUUCAAAGUGGGUUUUAAGGGAGUUGCAUUUAGAAAAAGUUUGAUGCAGGGGUAAUAUAUAAGGCCGGGCAUUUUCUGGAGUGGUUCUUCUGUUAUUUAUGUUCAUUAAAGACCUUGUACAGAGAGUGUUUGGGUUUGACUGCCUACCGUCCAGAGUACCUGUGUAUAACGACCUUUCUCUCUUUUCUUACUUCGUCCAUUAUACUCAGCACAAUGUCAUCUUCGCAUGCAGGCUGGAAAGCCUAUGAAUAUUACCCUUCCAUAGCAGCGGCUAUUGUCUUCAUCAUCCUUUUUCUGCUCGUCACUCUCCUCCACACCUAUCAGCUCAUUCGAACCCGAACAUGGUUCUUCAUUCCUCUUGUGAUAGGAGGCUACU